GUUUCUCAAAGGUCACAUCUAAGGACACGUACCUUUCUCUCUGCAUUUUGAAGAAUUCAAAUUCAUUUACAUUCUAUUCACAACACUACAGUCAGACUAGGUGAGGUAGUCUGUGACUAGUCGACUAUCAUUAGUUGCACUCCAUAUAUAAUAUAAUAACUGCGCUCAUCAUUUCUCUUUUCCCCAAAAUAUACUGUGCAAAUUGCCAUUUUGUUGACCAGUAGUUUUAUUGUAUAGUCUGACAACAUGUCGCCCAACAGCCUUUGCACUGUAUUUCAGUCAACAUACUUCAAUCCAUCUGUUGGUAUACUUGAUAUAUAUCAUUCUGUAUGUCCGUGAAACGGCUAUAUUUAUUGGAAAUCCCCCAGAGAUGACUGGGAAGUAAAUAUGAAUGUGAGAGCAUUAUAGUUUACAGUCAUCUCCUCUUGUGGACUCCAUUCUAGUUCUCCUUUUUUGUCAAGAUUGAAACAUUUAAACGCAGUUAUCAUGAUGGCAAAAAUACUUCAGUCCAGGUGAAAGCAUCAUAUUGAUAGAGACAAGUGCAGCCGGAAGGAUUUUGGGAGCGGAGUAGGGAUGCAACAGCUGGGCAGUGCUGAGCUCAAGAGUUGAGGGGAUGAAGUUGAAACUGAGAUGAAGGGAUUUGUUUCAGCUUCAUAGAGAGAACAAGGGAGAGAGCGAGGGGGAGUGAGCCGAGUGAGGGAGGAGACUUCCAGCCCACUGGGACACCACUGUGUGUGUUCAGGGGGAUGGACACGGUGGCUCUGUAUGCAGAGCACACCGGACACCGAUGAGCAGUUGUUCUGUGCGUCAGGAGUGAGACCAAACCUCCCUCUGCACCACCUGGACCCUCCGAUGUGUGGGACACACUGAGGAACUUUUUGGGAUUAAUCUCCCCCCGGGGAAAUGGAUCGUAGCGAGGUGGAGUUGGAGGUGACGACCAGUGACUGACCAGCGGAGAACCCACUGACCGCUGCAUCGGCAUCCAAGAGAGUGUGUGCGUGUGCGGCCCAUGUGGGCAGCCAAAAAUGUGGAUCUGACAAAAAUCUGUACUCCAAUGCCCGCUGCCAUGCUCCCAUGCCCAACACUGGCCGGGCCUGACUGGAGUUUCCAGAACCCGGUGGGAGUCGACUGCAGUUCGCCAGAACCCCGUUGCAUCUGGGUGGCGGUGCUUCGUGGCACCCCAGGACCACCUCCAUCCCCUCCACCUGCCAUGCCCUCGGGGUGCCGACAGAACCGUUAUCCAUCACGGGCUAAGGGGCGUAGGGAUGCUCUCUCCUCCACAGGGGACAAUCCUCGGCCCCCCAUGGUGGCCCGGCCAGGGAGAGAGGGCCUUGGAGUGGGCUGGAAAGGCCCAAGGACGCUGGUUCUUCAAAAGAAUUCCCAGGGUUUUGGUUUUACCCUCCGUCACUUCAUCGUUUACCCCCCUGAAUCCGCCCUUCACACCAACCUUAAGGAUGAAGAGAAUGGCAAUGGGAAGGGGUUUCAACGAGGCAAGCUGGAGCCGAUGGACACCAUUUUUGUCAAGAAUGUGAGGGAGAAAGGUCCGGCGCACCAGGCGGGACUAUGCACAGGGGAUCGGCUGGUGAAAGUAAACGGAGAGAGCAUUCUGGGAAAGACGUACUCUCAGGUGAUCGCCCUCAUUCAGAACAGCGAGAGUGUGCUGGAGCUCUCCAUUAUGCCCAAAGAUGAAGACGUUCUUCAGCUGGCAUACUCCCAGGAUGCCUACCUGAGUGGCAACGAACCAUUUUCUGGGGGAGCAGAGAACCUCCCUCCACCCCCUCCCCUCUGCUAUCCUCGGGCAAAGACUACAUCACCAUCGGGGGCUCCCCCAUCGGCGCCUAUGGGCCAGAACCAGCUGGAUAACUGGAGUCGCUGGCCCGGUUCUUCUAGUGCUUCGUCCCCCCUCGACAACCGCUCCACUGUUGGAAGUCCUGCCAGCUGGCAGGAAAGUCGCUCUGGAGAGCCAGGUGGUGUGGGUCACAGCAGCCCUGCCCACCGAACAGAAGAGAUCCAGUAUGGCAUGACCAGCCAGCAGCCACAGGGACAGACCAGGGGGCGCUCUUAUUCUUCUUCGUCCUCAUCAGGCCCUUUAUCCAGCCCUCUUCAAGUCCACUAUCCCAACCAUCACUCUGGCAGCUCCACACGGAAGACCAGCUCAGUCUGGAAUAGUCCCCCUCUGCCCCAGAUGAGUCAGAGUCGAACAGAGCGAUGCCAGCAGGCACUGUCAGACUGGUACUACAGUCAGGUGCCUGAGCGCUCAGGAAGGAGCAUCCAAACCCGUCAUCGCAGCUACUCUCAGGACCGGCUUAGCGAUUCGCGGCGGCAGCGGCAGCAGACGGGCGGGUGGCCGCACAGUGCCUCACAGGACACUCUACUGCUCCAGCAGUCUGGACCACACGGCGAGCCCCACUGGUCCUAUGGAGAUUGGGAAGGGGGCGUGGACAGGGGCCACGCUUCCUCAAACUACACUCGAACUCGUUCUGAAAACCUGCUAGCUCAGUAUGAUCGGCAUGGUCGCUCAUUGGAGAUGCUGGACCGAGCAACUGGAAUGGUUUCUCCUCGAUUUGAAAGGCCGUCUUGGAACCAGCCUCCAAAACCUCCUCCAAGAACUGUUACAUACCAAAGGGAUGGGGGGCAUUUCAGUGCUCCACAACCGAGGCCCAAGCCUCAACACUCUCAAUCACAUUCUCAACCCCAACCUCAGCAGCAAGCAGCCCCCCAGAACAGGCGUCUUCCUGCUGGGCAGAGCAUGGAUGACCAGCCAGUUGGCUACCGUAGUUACAGCCCAUCUUUUUACCGAAAGACUGGUCGCAUCAUGCAGCAAGCGCACUCAUUCAGAGACCCUUCAUACUCUGGCCCACAUUUGAACUGGAACCCUGCUCCAAAAACAAGCCCCCCAGAGAGCACCCCUUCACCACUUUCUGCCUCAACCACGACACCCGAAUCCCAGGACAAGGUGUAUCGGCCUACUAAUCACGAGAGGGAACGGGGUCCAGUAGAGGCCGAGGUGGUGGCACAGACCCAAGAAGUAGUGCUGAGGCAAAAACCCCCAACCGGGCGAAGAAAUGCCUACGGCAUGCGUCACCCCCACUAUGCGUUGCCCAUAGAUGGCUUGGAGCCGUCACUAUUUUCCACUGACCCACAAGAGUCCUUUACUGUUCCGGAAUCCACAGGGGAUGCAGCCCCCCGGAAAGCAAAUGGAAACCUUGUCCCACUAACCGUGGAAGACGACUCCCUUGCAUCUAUCCCUUUCAUAGAUGAGCCGACCAGUCCAAGCGCUGACUUGCGCGCACGCCAUGUGCCGGCGUCCUCAGUGGUCUCCAGCGGCAUGAACUCGGCACCGGCCGUGGUCACCAGCCCCGCCUCCCCCACCUUCACCUUCCCCGUCAAUAGGCUUUUCUCCCGUGACUGCAGCAGUAUUAAAUCCAGUCGCCGUUCCUCCUAUCUUCUAGCCAUCACCUCCGAGCGCUCCAAGUCAUGUGACGAGGGACUCAACACAUUCAAGGAGGAGGGGCGCGUCUUCUCGCGGCUACCAAAGAGAGUCAAGAGCUUCUUCACAGACGGGUCUCUGGACAAUAUCGGGUCGGCAGAGGAGGUGCGGUCCAAGCGCCAUUCCACGUCGGAGCUGGGAAACAUCAUCUACAGUGAUGUGCUGCGAGAAGGAUGGUUGCAUUACAAACAGAUCCUCACAGAGAAGGGCAAGAAGGUGGGGAGCGGCAUGCGUCCAUGGAAGCGGGUCUUUUCCGUGCUGCGCUCCCACUCGCUCUUCCUCUACAAGGACAAGAGGGAGGCGGUGCUGAGAGGCGCCACCAUUGGAGGAGGCGCCGAGGACGAGCAGCCCAUCAGCAUCCGCGGCUGCCUGGUGGACAUCGCCUACAGCGAGACCAAACGCAAGCACGCGCUGCGACUGACAACGCAGGACUUCUGCGAGUACCUGCUGCAGGCGGAGGACCGCGACGACAUGCUGGACUGGAUCAAGGUGUUCCGAGAGAACAGCAAGACAGACAGUGAGGAGCUGGGCUUCACCCGACAGGCGCUGAUCAACAAGAAACUCAACGAUUACAGGAAACAGAGUCCAACUGGGAGUAAGCCUGAUUCCUCUCCUCGACUUCCACGCAUGAAGCCCCCCUUCCUGAUGGCCAAGACGGAGAGUGCUCUCGGGGCUCCGCGGUCCCCUAAACCAGAGAGCAAAGAUGACGGUGGACCGCCGAAGUCUCCGUGGGGAAUCAACAUCAUGAAGAAGACAAAGAAGGCGGGGCCCAAAGCUUUUGGUGUGAGGUUGGAGGAGUGCCAGCCGGGAGUCAACAACAAGUUCAUCCCCCUGAUCGUGGAGAUCUGCUGUGGUCUGGUGGAGGAGAUGGGUUUGGAGUACACAGGGAUCUACCGUGUCCCCGGGAACAACGCCAUGGUGUCCAUGCUGCAGGAUCAGCUCAACAAGGGAGUGGACAUCAACCCUACAGAAGAGAAAUGGCAGGACCUCAAUGUUGUCAGCAGUCUACUCAAGUCGUUCUUCAGGAAACUUCCAGAGCCACUGUUCACCAAUGAUAAAUACAAUGACUUCAUUGAAGCCAACAGAAUGGAGGAUGCAUCAGAACGAUUGAAGACCAUGAAGAAACUGAUCCGAGACUUGCCGGAUUAUUACUACCACACUCUGAAGUUCCUGGUGUGUCACCUGAAGACUGUAGCGGACAACUCUGACAAAAACAAGAUGGAGCCUCGUAACCUGGCUCUGGUGUUUGGGCCGACCUUGGUGCGCACUUCAGAGGAUAACAUGAAAGACAUGGUCACACACAUGCCUGACCGCUACAAGAUAGUGGAGACGCUCAUCCAGCACUGCCACUGGUUUUUCAAUGAGGAGCCUGACAAGGACGAGAAGACACCGGUGGACACAGAGGACCUGCAGCCCGCCCCCAACAUUGACCACCUGCUGUCAAACAUCGGGAGGACGGGUCUGCUUGGUGAGGCAUCAGACUCAACCAACAGUGACUCAGCAAAGUCAAAGGCGUCAUGGGGGUCAAAGAGAGACCUGACAGCGAAGGACUUCCUGACUCUGUCGAUCAUGUCAGCGGUGACGGGCCGCAAGCGCAGGAAACGCCACAACGGGAGGCGAAUGGGCAGCAGCACCGACGACGACUCGGAGCAGGAGCCAGUCAAACCUGUCCACGCAGGAGCGGAGGAGGAAGGGGAAGAGGAGUCACCGGUCAGGGACACAGCACCGCGGGCAGAAGGCGAGGAGGAGGAUGACGGGGAGGAGGAUGAAGAUGAGGAAAUUGUAGAGAAAGUAGAAGAGGACGUGGUGGUGGUUUCCAGCUGUAGAGAGGAGGAGUCAGGAGGGGGUCAGGCUCCUGAGGACGAGGGACAGGGGAAGGUGAAGGUGCCGGUGUGGAGGGCUCCAGAGGACGCUCGCUCCAUCGUAUCUGGUUACUCCACCUUGUCCACGUUAGGGCGGAGCCUGGGCUCGGAAGGACGAGGCGAUGAUGCCGACGACGAGCACAGUGAGCUGGUGAGCGAGACCGACAACGAGAGCGGCUUCGUGUCGCGCUCCCUCACGCAGGAGUGGCCCGACAAAGCAGCAGCGGAGAGCACUCCAUUGUCAGCGCCACGCAGCUACCUUUACACUCACUACAAGCCCCCCAUUCUCUUGCCCACUAACCUCCUGGCCACACCGGAGCCUGCGGAGAGGAGCGAAGGAGGCGCUCGCUCCACCACGCCUUCAUCCUCCUCCUCCACCUCUCACAGACUCCACUCUCGUCCCUCCUUCAACUCUCACAAGCUCAUCCAGUGUGACACUCUGGCCAGGAAGAAGCUGAAGGGAGAGAAGGUCAAAGCCCGAUCGCUGGACCUGUUGGAGCUGUCCGGUACCACUCAGAGUGGCGAGUCCGGGUCGGAGGUGAGGAGAGAGCCAUCCCGGACCAACCCAUCCUCCUGCAGUAGCCAGGAGAGUCUCCGUCUGGGGGGCAGCAGAGCGGCCGUCCCGCCCAGCGAAGCUGCGUCCUUCACCCCCACCAGGGCGCAGAAGGACCCGGUGCGAACGCGACUGCUCGGCUCCGCCGACGACCUGCGCAGCGUGGGACUGAGGAAGCCGCUGUCCCCUGAGACGCGGCGGAAGAGGCGAGCGUGGCGCAGACACACCGUGGUGGCCUCCCCGACGGAGACCCCCGACAAAAGACCCCCGCUGACAGUCACCGAGUUCCCUUUGUCUCCCAUCUCCCCAAACCAGGAGAAAACUACCGGGCUGCCUCGGGAGGCCGAGGGGCUUGACCCAGGAGCACGUCAGGCCCCGCCCUCUAGAUUCCACCAGUACCUUUGAGCUGCAGGUCAGUAGACUCUCGGGUCUGUUGCCAGGCGCAAUAGCCACCGUCGCAUAAGCUCAGUUUGCAUAGCAGGGGGCGCUCCACCGUUGCCAAAGCAUUGUGUCCUCUCUGUGUGCUUUUACAGAACACACUCAGACCUCAUAAGACAUGCCAAGUAUAUCACUCCCUGCUCCUUAACAGGCCGCAGAGGCCAAGUCCUAGCUACGGUUCUGACCAAUGGUGCUUUCUUCAAACAGACUAAAAAAAAACCUUUACCUGAAACACACAGCCGAGAGUGUAGCAGGGCAAUAUCCAGGUUCCAUCACAGGACAGAUGUCAAUCCCAAGAGCUAAAAUGUGUUCACUCACUUGCAUUCAAGACGACCACCAUUGAAACAGUUUUAAAUGUCAAGCAGCGGGACUUUGCUCACGCAUGUUCCUCAUCUCUCACUUAAACAAUAUAUCAGUCGAAAACAGACUGAUUUGUGGACAUUAAAAGUCAGUUCAUCAUCUUGAAUCCUCAUUUUCACUCAGAGAAGCGAGCGCAGGCCACGCAUUACAUGUGUUUCCUAACACUGUAAAAAGGCAGUAUGGUUGAUAUGGUCCAAUAGUCUGAGCUUGAUACCAGUUAUGUCAGUCUUCCAGACCACACUCACUGUCCCACAGUUUACACGCACACACAACACACUCGUCUCUCUCUCGUUGUCCAAAAAAUGUCUUUGUUGGUGUCGCUAUGUGGUUUAAUAAUUUUGUAACAUUUGUACAAAGCCUUGUUAAGUUAACCUUGUAAAUAUGUUUUUUAAGUCUUUUUUUUUAUGGUUUACAUAAGCGCAUCGCCGCUUGUUUCUUUUCAAGAUGCUACUUGAAAUGUUUCCCUUAAUAUAUUUCCUGUUUGUUUUAUAUUCAAUAUAUUAUAUAUAUAUAUAUUUUGUAUUAAAAUAAAAAUGUAUGUUUAUGGUGAUGAUGUCGGACACGGUUCAAAAGUCCCAUUUUGUCUGCGAUGCUCAGCGCUGUGGAGGAGAAAUUGUCAGAGAUCCCGGGUUCAUGACAGGAGACAGCAUCUCAAAUAGACUUUACCGAAGCGUAUUGAAGUCACUUUAAUAAAGAAUUAUUGUCCCCUGCAUCGCUGACCGCUUCUCUGCGCUUAUUCUUAGACAGCAGGCAUAGUUCUAAGACAUAGCUCAUGUUAUUGUGAAGGGCUCGCCAAACCUAAAAGAAGGCUCUGACGAAUCUGUUAAACUGAAAUUCUGGUGAAUGCGCAGUCGUAAGUUUCUGUUACGGAAGGACUGAGUUUGUGGAUGAUUGGAGAUUUGGAGAGCUGAGGUGGCAAUAAAGCUGCGCCUCUGAAUAUGAGGUUGUGGUUUGAAGCGGACUGAAUUCCGUUUGUAAACAGAAGUAGUCUGCGUCAGCAGAAAUGUUAUUGGUGUAUAACCUGCCCUACAACAGCGUUUUCAAGCCUUUAAAACCAGAAGUUGCCAUGUUGGAGGCACUCGCUGGUAAACAAGGCAUCAACUCCGUAAAGUUACCACCAAUCGCGGAGAACAAAGCCAAGCUAAACCAGCAUGUACGAGGGAAAACUCCGGACAACAUUCAAGUUUGUUGUCAACAAAACAAUUAUGACUAUUAUAUCAGGAUUUAUUGAAGGACAACUACAGUUGACUGUACACUUGUAGCUUAUAAACUACCUAGUAAUGUCAUUGACAAUACAACUUAGAACUAAAUGUUAAACAUAUUUGAAGAAUAUUUCACAUUUUCAAAGACUGGGUUUUAAAUAAAAUAAAUUGUCCAGCAUUAACAUGAAGUGCAAAACGUCUUUCCCUUUGUGCUGAGAUGGCUUUUUUGGUUUGUUAUUCAGGCAAAGCGAGGGAGGCUGUAAUGGACUUACACAGUCAAGAGAACACCAUCUUUCCAAAUAAAGCGUCCAGUUCAGCGGCCCAUAUUCUUCCCCAUGUACCUUUGCAUCUUGAGCUCGUAUAGAUCAGUGAGGUGCCCUGAGUUUACCCCUCCAACAUGGCUGCGCUCACUCUCUAAACCGUGAGGUCGGUGAAAACCCUCUGUAGAAUCUGUCGACAUGGGUUAUGAGUCUUGGUCCUAUGACUGUUUCCGAAGAUUUGCGAGGCUUAUCGAAGUAAGCUCAGAAAGCAGAAGUCGGUGUGAGAUACGCUCCGUUAAAAUCCCAGCAGCAGUAAAGUUUGCGCUGCACUUCGAUGUCCGACCAGUUACUGAACCUUAAAAUGAACGUGUAUUUAUCUCACGGCAUCUAUGGUACAUUAGCCUGAGCCAGGUCUGCUGAGCCCAUUUUCAGUCCACGCGGAAACAAAUCUUGUGUUUACCUCAAGAUUUCCUUUCAACAAGUGCCUGAACUCUGGAAUGUUUUCUGUGGUGUGGUGCCAUGUUCGGUCCUCCUGUUGUUUCUCUUCCUCACUGUGUAUUAUCCAGAGAUUUGUACGUGAAACAAGCGGUUUCUCACAGAAGCACAAGCCAAGGACACAGGUCUAUGCACUCUCUUUGCCUUCUAACAUCCACAGUGACUACUGAUGCUGCUAUAGAACCAGACCCAGUUCACUCCCUCUCUGACAUGGUACAGCCAACCAACAGCCUGAGCAAACUCCUCGCGCACCACGUCUCAAUACAAAGACACGUCUGAAAUGUGAUGUUAACUGUCGUCCUUGUUGUACAUACUCCCUUUAUUUGUAACAUACUGUGUACAUUUUGGCUAAUAGAACUGGACUCUUGAAAAGUUUGUCCGCUUGAAUAAGAAAAAAACAACAACAUGGCUGCGUGCUUUAAAGCAACGUUAUGUGAUGUAAAUAAACAGAAAUAUGUUUAAACAUGUGUGACUGCAUGGUUGGACGUGGUGUUCUUCGGGAUGCUUGGGCUCCCCCUAGUGGUUCGCCAGGAAACCAACGAAUCACAAAUGAUUUGUUUUCAGGAACUUAAAUCACAUUUGUGCUUGUGAGACUUUGAGUCACCAAAUUAUAGUACGUGUACACAGAAAUCUUUCUGUUUACACUUUACACUUUUUUUGUGUUUAUUAUUUAAAAAAAAAAAGUACGGUUGUCUAUGGCAAUUUGA